CUUUGUUGGACACUGAGCAUCAUGGAACCAUGAAAAACAGACUAUUAGGGUUGCAUGAUUUCUGCCUCAUUGCAUUUUUGCUUCCUCUCUUCCUGCAAGGGCUAGAGAUCUCUAAUCCAGGGCAAGUGGUGUACAGGGAAGCCAGGACCAGUGUUGUGGUGGAACAUGAAGCAACCCUGGAAUGUGGCACCACCCUCCCUGAUGUCUACAUCUGGAGCUUCACUAAACCAGGCACAGACACUAUUCGAGCUGUGGUGUAUAACUUUGGCAAGGGUCCAAAGCUGCAGCAGCUGGCACAAGAUCUAGGGGACCUGGAUGUCAUCACCAACAGCUCCUCUUUGUUCACUAAGAAACUUCUUGUAGCUGCAGAGGGCUUGUACACCUGCCAGGCUCUGUAUGACACUGCUGAGGGAGCCAGACUCUACUACUACUAUGUGCAUCUACGGGUUCUAGUGCCUGUGUACAAACCUUAUGUUCUACUGAGUAGCUCGUCAGCAGUGGAGGGUUCAUCAUUUUGGAUGCGCUGUGGUCUGGAGAAUGGAACAGAGCCCAUUAGCUACAUAUGGGAGCAGGAGAGCCGCAGUGGGCUGGUCACUACACUGGCUGAGAGCAACAGCAGUCUGAUCAACAUCAUCUGGGUCACUCGCAACCACACCAGCUGGUACAGGUGCCUGGCCAGGAACGAGGUCAACCAGCAGCGCAGUGAUCGUAUCUGGUUAGAUGUCUUAUAUGGUCCAGACCUACCUCAGGUUGAUGUCACAGCUUACUCAGUUACAGAGAGAGGCUACUCAGCACUGGAGAGAGGAAAUGUGUCUCUCACAUGUCAAGCCUCCUCUAACCCUCCCAGUCAGUACGCUUGGUUAUACAACAACAUAGAGAUCUACACUGGAGCACAGCUCACCAUCACAAACAUCCUGCGUGUACAAGCAGGUUACUACACCUGCCUGGCCCAGAACACUUACAUCAACUCCCGCUCCAGAAAGACCAUCACUCUCACCGUCUACUAUCCACCAGCCGAUGUUCCAAGUUGUUCCGUCUUUCAAGCAAACAACUACACUGACUUGGCCCUGUUCUGCUCCUGGGUGGGUGGUUACCCUCCAGCUACCCUAAAGUGGAGUCUGUCUGUGAAUGGAGACAACCAAAUGGGAAUCACUAACUUCACUCAGAUCCAGCCAGGCCCUGAUACUGCUAACAACUCUGUAUUCACCUGCUAUGGCUCACAUGUUGCACUAAAUAUCACUCAGAGCUGCAGCACCAGAACAUGGCUACCCCAAGGAGAACCCCAGUGUUCUGCAAAUUCCAGCCAAAAUAAUGAGUACCUGAUGCUGUCUUGCUCCUGGGUGGGUGGUUUCCCUCGAGCUCUGCUGUGGUGGGCCUCCAGUUCCGGGGAUGUCCAGGGCGCAUUUGAGGAGAGCUCCAACAUCCUGGUGCUGCGUUCCAGUUCCACCUACAGUGGCAAAGCAUUUGUGUGCCAUGCCAAACACCCACUAACAAAAGAGAGCAAGACGUGUGUGUUAAAACUGGAGACUCCAGUGUUGAUCACUGAGAACAGUGUAGUUUCAGUAUUUGAGGGCAAUGAUGUUCAACUGACCUGCAGUCUGAGUAAAACCUACCCUCCAGCUACAGAGAUUAUCUGGUACAACAAAUUAAGGCAGAGUGUGGGUGACACAUCCAAGAAGUACAUCCUUCAGCGGGCUUCAGCCUGGACCAACCUGACUGUUCGGGAAACAGACAGUUUGGUAGACAGUGGCUACUACUGGUGUUCCGCUACCAAUGCUGUCGGACGAACAGACAUGCCCAUCCUAUUGCUGGUGAUGAGAUACCCAAUGCCUCCAAACGUUACUAUCAGUAAGAUCAUCUACAGCAGCCGUCAGCGGACAGACGUUAACAUGGAAUGGAUGAUCCGGACAGACAGUGUCCUCACUGGCUUCUUCAUUGAACGUCAAAGACUCCCUGGUCCUGAAGGGAAGAGAGAUAUUGUGCCCGUCUGGCAGAAAGUGGCAGUAGAUCUGGAGCCCAGCACUCGCAGCUACCAGAUCAACAAUCUGGAUCCUAAUGUAACAUAUGCUUUCCGCAUAACAGCUAUGAAUCGUCGUACUGCUGGUAAUCCUUCAGAGAUCAGGAGCCCAGGUGAGAACUGA